AUGUCUUCGGAGCUGCCCGUAGGCCUUCGGCGGCCCAGCCUGGGGUUGCCGUCGUUGCGACCACGGCCAAACAAGCAGCAGACCUUCGAGCCCAGGUCGAUCCAUACGUCGGAUGAUUUCCUGCGGGACUUUCUGAACCCAUCGUUUGAUCCGGUGUCGUUCCUCAACGCUAGGCUCCCUUCGCUUUCGAAGAAGCAGGGAUCUAACCAGGGAUCUUCCGACGCCGUUCCCUUGGCGCAACUGUCGGCCGAAGCCCAGACGCUCGUCUCGCAGCUCAACGCACAGAAUGCAAAAAUGUCAACAAUUUUGACGCAGCUCACCGACGACAUCAUGAAGAGCGGCAGCCGGUUAGCCUACGAGGUGGAGCUGCUACGAGGCGAGACGGUCAGUUUCUCGGAAACGCUCCACGAGACUCUCCAGGACGACAUCGCCAAGUUCGUCCCCGGCGGCCUGCAGCAGGCUAUUGACGAAAAAUCCAAACCAGCAGGAUCGCGAGUGGAAGGGGACGAGAGGAGUGCGGCAGAAACACGGCCCGAAGCUGCCCCUGACAACGACGCGCAGGAUCCAACCCAUAUCAAACAGCUGCAGACGUUGACUCUCGUCCGGUCUCGUCUGGAAUCCGUCAUAAAAACGUUCGGGAAUGCCAUGGAGUUUCCAUUCCCGCCGUCCGAGGUCUCCGUCAGCUCCGGCUUCCUCUCUGUCUCGGCCCCGGAUCCCAGCUCGGACGAACAGAGCUCGGAGGAGAAGGGACAGCAGGUUCUCCGUCAGCUACGGGAUGAGAUUUCCGAUCUUCUUGCCAACAAGGAGGACCCCAUUCAGGGCGUGGAAAAGGCGGCGGGCCGGAUCGAGGAGCUCCAGGAGCUGACAACGGUGUGGAAGGGCACGGCCGAGGAGAACGGACGCAGCAAAUUCAUUGAGAGUCUGGCCAAGAUGGUCGAGGACCGUCAUCGCGAACUCAAGAAGGAGAUUGAGCAGGCGUCGAAACGGGACGAGAAGGCCGCGCACGAGUCGGUGGCGCGGAGUGCGAGCUCGGGCUCGGCGCGGGAAUCGGCUGCGGCCGAGGAUGCCAAGGCACAGACCGGGUUUGGCCUGAUGAACCAACUGCAAAAGCUCCGAGGCGGCUUGUAA